AUGUCGCACCCCUCCCGCCUUUUCGAGAGGAGCGCCUCUUCAAGGAUCCCCGACAGCAGCUGGAUUGACCGGGUUCCCGGUGGGAGUCCUUCCCAGUCUUCACUGGAGGCGCGAAACGAAUCAAGAGUGGACUUUGCGUCCAGCGUCGAGGAGCGUGAGUUGACACGCAGAGCCACGCGCCACCACGAGGAGGGGGUGUCCGAUGAUCCCCAAGGCGGAGCGAGCGAAAUUGAGAAGGAAGCGACAGCCCCUCCAAGCGGCGAAGACGAGGCUCCUUUUCCUUCCACGGUUACGGCUGGCGCCCCACGGGUUUCUCUCUCAAAGGAAACGUUAGCAAGCGACAAGGAUUCGCCUGCUUCCGCAGCUGCUGUCGACCCGCGCGACGCUCCGCCUUCUCCAGCGAGCCGAGCUUUUUCGCCUCAGGCGAUGCCCGACUUCGCCGUUUCUCUGACGGAACAGAAAGCGGCGUGGAGCCGCCCGGUCGCGGCCUCUCUGCAGUCGCCUCGAGGGCCUUUCCCUCCACCGGCAGUUUGUCCUUACGGGGGGGACGGGAGAGUAGCUGAGGCGGCUUCCCCUUGUCGCCCAGCGGAUUCGCUCUCUUCCGUUGCAGAGUGUUUUGUUUCGCUGGCCGACGAAGCGCCUGCCUCCUCCCUCGCGCGGCCUUCAUCCGGGAAAACGGCCACGAGCUCCCCAGAGAGUCUCCUGAGCGCUCAGCCGGGACUUUCCGGCCGUGAACCCGAUCUCACUUCGACGGCUGAGGAAACCGGGCACACGCACACAGCUUUGCCUUCGCCGACUUCCUCAGUGGAGUCCCCCACGCAGAGGCUUCUGCCCGUGAGGGCCAGCAACGCUCAGAACGCACUGCCCCCGAGUCAAAUUGACUCGAACGUCCGCGUGGGGCGAGACGCGCCCUUGACUUGCCUCGCCUCUCCAACCUUUCCGAACGAAGGCGAGACGCCGUCGGAGGGUUCUGCCGAGCCGCAUAGCGUGAGCCAACAAGAGCAAGAAGCGAACAUCUCGUUUUGGAACGGCCAGCGGGGAGACGCAGUGACGGCAGGUCCAUCGCCGGAGGCGCAUGCACCGUCAGAGGCCGAACAGGCCGCGGAGGAGGGUGAGAGGCGUCUCGAGACCGAGGAAGACCUCGCGAAGCCUUGUCAGAAAGACACCACCCCAGUUCAGGGAACCGACAACACAGACAGAUCCCGAGACCAAGGAACAUGGGCAGAAACCCGAAACGAAGAUGCCUUCCAGGACUCCACAGCGGAGUUGACGUCUACAGAGCGGGUCCUGGCGACUGUCGGCAAAGGCGUCACGUCUGUAUUUGAACGCGGGGCGGCGUCACUUGUGGACUUCUUCACAGAAACGCUCCCCUACCUUGUAGAGCCUCACGGCGCGCAGAGACCCGCCAGGGUGCGAUCUUCGAGUUUCACGCCAAAUAGGCAGUUCCUUGCAACGACGGCAUCCACCCUCGAGAGGCCGCACACGGCUGCGGGUUCGGUGGGGAGGCGCGCGAGAUCUAUCUCGCCUCUUCGAGAGCGCGUUCGGGGUUUCACCAGUGGAACUGUUUUCGAGUGCGGGGGCCCAGGCGAGCACCAGUCCCUGGAUUCCAGCGACGAAGGCGAACCGCGGGUUCCGCAGAGGCGCACGAAGAACCCACAAGAGCUUGCCCGUGCUGUCGUGCGCAAGAGAAAAGACAACAAGGGGUACAAAACUCAUCUCCACCCGUCGCCAGCGACAGGACCAACUCGCUUACCGCCGUUGCCGCCGCGACGCGCCUCCGCUGACGUCAGUCGAGGCCUCGGGGACAGGCUCCUAUGCUUUCCGUCUGCCGCUCCACAGAGCCCCAGUUCGCGGCCCAAGUCGACAACGAGUCUCCGUGCCCAGACGCCGCCGCUUCCCACUUGCUCACGCACACGGUCUGCUUCAUCAAGACGUCCGGAAGAUGUCGAGAGAGACGAGAGGCGGCGCACUUCUCUCAGGCCUGGAUUUAUGCACCAGUCGCUGGAUGGCCGUCAGCAUUUUGGGCCUUGUGGAGCGCCGACAAUUGGGCAGAACGGCGCGCUCCCAUCGCUUGAUGUGGGCGUCUGCCGGCUGCAGUGCGCGUCGCCGGCGCAGCUUUACACCACAGCACUGUCGCAACUUCCCUUUGUGUCACCGGAACAGCAAGACUAUGUUCGCGUCCCUAGAAUCCAGUCUUUCUCUCUGCAGCAAGCGGGUUGUCGCCGCGUGUCAAGCAUGGCCAGUGAAGCCGCCUUCCCGUUCGUGAGGGCUUCACCCACGUCUGCCCUCGGAGUACCCUCGUGUGCAAGUGUCCCGGGCCAUGGCGGCCUUCAUAGUUACAAGGUUUUGCCAAGGACAGCCGACAGUUCCUCGUCUGGGAUCUAUUCUUUUUCGACAGCGGUGCCCGUCUCCUUGGCCACCGACAGCACGUUCGUCGCCUCGCGGGCCGAGUCUCCCGGCCCCCACGGUACCGUCGCGCACCUGCGUUCGGCCCCGGCUGUCGACCAGUCCUUCGGCGUAAGUCCCCAUUUUCUGCAUCCCUGCCUGUCGGGUUCCCCCUGGCGAGUGAACCCUCACGCCGCCACACCGUUGAGGAACUGCACAGAGCCGCCGCAAUUCGGCGCCGUUCCCCUUCCUGCCCCGUCGAAGUUCCCAAUAGGCUACAGGUCGGCAGCUUCGCUCGAUAUGUCCUCAGGUGGUCCCCUUCAGACUGACCCUGCCUCUGGGGUUGUGUGUAGCGUCACGAGACAGCUCAACGACACGCAAGGUCUCCGACCCUGUAGGCUCUUGAAUCUCGCGCAUAAAAUAGAGCGCGGCAGGGACGAAGGCAGGACGGAGACUCCGGGGCGAAGCGCCGCUCGGACUGAAGAGCUGGGCACGCUGUACACAAGAACGUCGACCGGAAAGGAAAUGCAGACGCACGCGAAGGCUCAGUACCCGACAGAGCGAGCGGCCGGUACCGCAUGCACAGAGGGAAAGGGGGAGUCUUCAGCGUUUACGCUUCUCACGUCCUAUGGCGAUGUCGGCGGCGAGUACAGAAAGCCGCCGUCUCGGCUCCGCGCGCUGUGGCUGCGAGAGGAGCUGCGGAGGCAGCGGGAAGCAGGAGAACUGACGAAGGAAAACUUUCCCAUGGAGGAAUUCCAAGAUCUCCUAGAACCGUUCGAAAUUCUCGAGGUAGGUGGAGUGAAGGUGUACAAGCUUACGGCGGACUGGAAGUUGCCCCAGUCCGUGCCAAGCAGAGAAUGGAUAGAGCGAAACCAUCGGGAAGGUCACGAAUUCACAGCUUGUCUUGAAGAUAUCACCGAUGUGGCCAACCAGCUAUUCUUGCCUGCGAGUGCGACUGCGUAG